AUGUCGCUCCUUGCGGGCUGCUAUGAGCGCUUCCUCUUCGGCUACCAGCUGGAAGGGGAGGUUCAGGGCGACGCAGCCGAGGGCGAGCAGAAGCUGGGCCUGCACCGCAGCUUCACCCACGCCGCGCACAAGGGCGUGGUCAAGUGCGUGGCGGCGGCGGGGCAGUGGGGCGCCACUGGCGGCGCCGAUGACCUCAUCCACCUGUACGACUUGAAGAGCGAUAAGGAUCUUGGCUUCCUGAUGAGCCCAGGCGAGGGCGCCGUCACGGCCCUCGCCUUCUUCGCCCCGGCAGGCGCCUACAACCCCACCCACCUGCUCUCAGGCAGCGCCGACGGCAGCGUCAGCGUGUGGCAGGCCGGCGGCGGGUGGGAGUGCCUCAAGACGAUGCGGGGGCACAGGAAGGACGUGGCCGCCAUCAGCGUGCACCCCUCGGGCCUGCUCGCCCUCACCGUCAGCCGGGAUGGCUUCAUGCGCAUGUGGGACCUUGUUAAGGGGCGCUGCACCUACCACGUGCGGCUGGAGGUGGAGGCGGAGGGCGUGGAGUUCUGCCGGGAGGACGGCGGCGCACGCUACGCGCUGCUGUGCGGCGCGCGGCUGACGGUGCACGGCGUGCAGGGCGACGCGGGGGUGCUGUGCACGCUGAGCCACCCGGGCCGCACGCUGUGCAUGGCUUGGGCGCCCGGCAACCGCAUCGUCAGCGGCUGUGAGGAUGGCAGCCUUCGCCUGUGGGACGCCCAGGCGGGUGUGGAGCUGCUGUGCAUCAGCAGGGCCCACGUCAGCCGCGUGCGCACGCUGGCGCUGCUGCCGCCCAGCAGCGCCGGCGGGCGGCUGCUGGCGGCCACGGGCUCCUCAGAUGGCAGCCUGAAGCUGUGGGACCUCACCAAAGCGGCGGCGGCGGGCGUGCACGGCAGCAGCGGCGGCUCGUGCCUGGCCGAGGCGCAGACGCGGGCGCGACUGACGUGCAUGGCAGCGGCCGACCUGCCGGCCAUCAUGCAGCAGCGGGUGCAGCAGGCGGCGGCAGCGGCACGGCAGGCCGCGGCAGCGCAGGCCCAGGCGCCAGCGCAGAAGCAGCAGGGGAAGCAGCAGCAGCAGCAGCAGCAGCGGCAGCAGCAGCAAGGGAAACGCAAGGCUACCGACGCAGCUGGUGCUAACGGCAGCCAGCAGCAGCAGCAGGGGGCCGGGCCAGCCAAGAAGAAGCCCGCCCAGCAGCAGGGGAGGCAGGCGGCGGGGCAGCAGGGCGGCGGCAAGGCGAAAGGCGGCGAAGGCGGGAAGGCCAAGCAGGGGGGCAAGGCGGCAGAGGCAGAAAGAGUGGUGGUGAAAGAUGGCGUGGUGGAGUUUCUGGGGUCGCCAGCCGAGCAGAAGAAGCAGGCAGCAGCAAAGCGGCACAAGCAGGCGGCGCAGCAGGAUCAACGCUUCCGCUCGGUGCCUGUGCCCAAUCAGCAGCUGCAGGCAGGGGCGCGGCAGAAACAGCGCCCGCCCAAGCAACGCAAGUGA